GGCGUGACACACCGGCUUACGAGUAACAACCAAACCAGCUAGUCAGCGCUGAAUGCAAGUCAUCCUGACCACACAUUUUGACAGUGCCGGUGGGGGUCUAUGCUGCAGUGUGCUUGUCCAGCAGUCAGUGACGGAGUGACAAUACUACUGAUGUCACAUUUCACCGCAGCCAACUAAACAGUUUAGCAGCUUGUUAGCCUAGCGUCCGAGAGCACAUGGAUUCUCAAAACACUACCAACACCAACACUGAGGCGAAGAUGCUGCUGAGCCACGCGAAGACCUUCAGGCUCCACACCGGGAAUCUGGUCAACCGAAGUCGCCUGAAAAAGAAGUGUCCGGGGUCUCCCAGCGAGGAGCUUCGAGACUGCAUUCAAGCCUCGCUGAGCGAAUGGAUUUCCACAACGAAGCUGUCAUCCAAGGACUUGACUGACACACUGGAGUUCUCCAUACCAGAGGCAACAGACGCAAUCACACCUGAAGAGAGAGAGGAGUUGAAGGUUUCAGUCAAGCUGUUCCUGCAUGAGUCUGGUCAGUCUUCCAUCAAAGACGCAGUGGAGAUGGCCUGCCAGACGCUGGCAGUGUCCCAGCUUGACUCUGUUAUCAUUGCUCCACCCGGGCCCUCAGACGGCCACAGCCAAAGUUUGGCCCACCUUCAGCCAGCCUGGGAGGAGCUGGAGGCUCUGGUUAGAAGCAAGCAGAUCGCCGCUAUUGGCACCUCUGACCUGGACAAAGAUCUGCUGGAACAGCUCUAUAAGUGGGCUCAGAUAAAGCCCAGCAGUAACCAGGUCAACCUGGCCUCCUGCUGCGUAAUGCCUCCAGACCUGACGGCGUUUGCUAAGGAGUUUGAUAUCCAGCUGCUGACGCACAACGAUCCCAAAGAGCUGAUAUCUGCAGACACGUUUCAGGAGGCGGUGCGGGCGGGAGCGCAGGACCUGAACAUCGGUGACUGGAGGCUGGAGUGGGUCCUGCGCUACAACGUUAUUGUCAAGAGCAGGGGCAUCAUCAAGUCUAAGGGCUACCUUGUCAGUGCAAAGAAGACAAGCACCUAGCACCCAAACUAGAGCGAGAGAGAGCGGGAUGAAGCCAUUUUCCUCCAUUUUUAUUCACACACAUACAAAGUUACAGCUCUGAAUAACGGGUGCUGUCAAUCAUCAUGAAUCAUGAAGUCAUUGUUUAACUUUACGGACGGGUUGCAUCUUCCUCAUCUGUGAUUCAUUCGGUUAAAGACACGCGGGUGUUCAUUACCACUGUCUCCGUGAGAUUUAAAGUCGGACAUGAACGUGCAAAGAUCAACUCCACUGUCAGCUUUGAGAGAAAAGACUGAUAAAUUGAGAUUAACACAUGGUGACUCACCAUGACUAGUAAACUGACGGAUCAGGUGUAAAUCAACACACCAGAGGCCGCUUUAAAGAUGCUGCUCGUUAAACCUCCAUGACGAAGGUCUCUCAACCAUACUCUGAUAUGAAGUGCCUCACAUCUGCUCCUCCUGUUAUCAACCCUGCUUUGUCUUCCCCGCGUCUGUGUGAAUCAUGCUUUAAAUACCAGUCUGAAUGAAAUAAGUGUUAAAGCAAGAGAAGCGUUUAUAAAAGAAUAAUUUCAUACUCUAUGUGGAAAGAGGGGAAAUUAUAACGUGUGGGGAGCGGGAUUUUUCAUGCUAUAUAAUAUUUACAUUCCUUCGGUUAUAAAACCGUUAAUAUGUGUGUGACGGUUGGGUACUCGGGUGGUGGUAUGAUGGGAGUCUGAAUUAGACUUUAACCUGUAAAGCAGACAGACAUGUGAGCACAUAUAACUCUGUUCUGUUAUGCUCUUUUUUUUCAUUUCUUUUUUUUAACCAUGUACUUUUUUUAAGAUGACAUCAAAAAUUUUACCCUCACCUCCCAAUCUUGCUCAUGAGAUUAAUCAGAAGGAGAGUAUUUUAAAAGUAAAUGACUUUUAAAUGUGUCGUUUAAAAGCACUGGAAUCUCCGUGUCGAGGAGAUGUGAAAAAACUUUUGAGGAAUACGUUUGUAUUUGUGAAUCGCAGACAGGGUCCAGCAACUCCUCGGAAUUUAGUCGUACUAUAAAACAUGUUUAACAUUAAGUGUCUCCUGUAAGUAUAUCAUGAAUUGGGUGUUGAUAAAAUGAAGACCUGGAAUCGACGUUGGGGUGAGGGGUUUAAAAAGAUUGGGCUUGUGUAAAUGUUAAUAAAAUAAAAUAAUUAACACUGGUGAAUAAUUUCCUCCUGCAGAGUAUUUGGUGUCAGUCUUCAUUUGAAUUGAUUCGAUUAAAAAAAACAGGCUUUUUGUUAUGUUACGCCAGCAAGCAGUUUAUGAUUCAGUUAGCGUGGUUUAAACACCACAGCCUGCCUGCGUUGUUGCUGACCGCGUACAUCCCUUUAUGUCCUCGGUCCACCCACCCUCUGAUGUCACAAAACUCAACUUCAAGCUGCUUUCUUCUAUGUGAUAAUCAGUGAACUGAAAUGAUCUCCAUGGUCCAAUACAACAGAGCCCCUUUGUGGGAACAGGAGAUCAGCAUCAUGGAUGUGCAGCCAGCAAAUCUGCCGACUGGACCCUGAGGAAUUAAGGCAGCUCUGAAGGCCAAAUGGGGUCCAAGCCACUAGCAACGUGUACCAAGUGUAUACUUUCCUAAGUUCUGUGUAGCUAGACUUUUGCUGAUACAAGACUUAAUAGAGGGAUCUAAAGUGGGUCAGACCAGUAAAAUGAGCCUUUCUGUCAGUGAGAAGUUUAGCUGAACAUUUGGCUGAAAUGUUUAAAUAUAAAAAUUUCAGCUGCUGUAGUAAAGAAAGAAAUAAGUGUAAGAAAUAAAGGUGUAAAAUUGCAGAAAAACUUUGGCAGCUUAUUUUCCUGACUGCUGUAAGUAUAAAACAAAGUUUCAGUUAAUUCACAGAAAAUAUGAAGCAAUAUGUUAUUUAUUUAUAAGAAU